UGUGUGUUUUAUUUUUACACACAACAAACGUUUUUCCAGCAAAUUUUUCUUUAAUUUUAUUAUUUUUUCUAAUAAAAUCGUAAUAAUAUAAUAAUGGCUUCGCAUUCAGUAACAAAAAUUGAUCAAAAAGAAUAUCUUAAAAAGUAUUUAUCUGGUGAUAAAGGGAAGAAGAAGAAAAAAGACAAGAAACAUAAAAAGUCCUCAUCGUCUGCUGUGAAAGUUAAAAUUAUCGAUGAUGAUAUAAAUAAUUUGGAUAAUGGUCAAGAAAUUGAUGAAGAAUUGCUGCUGACCGGCGAUGAUGCUCCCCAGAUAGUUGGUGAAUAUAUAGAGGAAAUGCCCAGCGAUAGUAAAGUGCCAAAAUGGAAAAGUAUUGUUAUAAAAGAUGAACCUGAAGAUGACAGGAUAGACGUUGGACAAAAGGAAUCAGAUUUAUGGGGACGCAAAGCAGGUUUAGUUAAAAUAAAACAAGAAAAACGUUCAAAUAGAUCGCCGGAUAACUCUCCGCCUAGGAGAAAAGAUCGGAAACGUAAGUCAUCUUCUUCAAGUCCCCCAAGAAAAUCGAAAAGUGAUAAAUCGCCCUCAAGACGUAGAAAACAUGAGCAAUCCCCAGAACGAAGACAUAAAAUCAAAAUUGAACCACAAUCACCACCCUAUAGAAAACGAGAACAGUCUCCUGCUAAAAGGCAAAGUAGAGCAGAUUCAUGUGAUCACUCACCACCAAGACGAAGAAAAAAUUCUAAUCAAUCGCCGCCACGAAGAGGCAAGAGUCCAGCAAGAAGAGAGAGAAAAAGAUCGCCCGAUCAAUCCCCGCCAAGAAAAGGUAAGAGUCCUGCUAGAAACAAUAGAAGACGUUCACACGAAAAUUCACCACAGCGGCGCAGAAGAAAUUCCGAUGAAUCACCGCCUAGAAGACAGAAAAGUCCGACUAGAAAUGAGAGAAAAAGAUCACCCGAGCAAUCGCCGCCAAGAAGAGGUAAAAGUCCAGCUAGAAACAAUGGAAAACGCACUCCCGAUAAUUCACCACAGCGUCGCAGAAGAAAUUCUGAUCAGACGCCACCAAGAAGACAGAAAAGUCCGCCUAGAAAUGAGAGAAAAAGAUCGCCCGAUCAAUCACCACCAAGAAGAGGUAAAAGUCCAGCUAGAAAAUGUUCACCCAAUAAUUCACCACCGCGGCGCAGAAGAAAUUCUGAUCAAUCACCGCCAAGAAGACAGAAAAGUCCUGCUAGAAAUGAGAGAAAAAAAUCGCCCAAUCAAUCAACACCACCACCAAGAAGGGGUAAAAGUCCAACUCCUCCAACUAGAAGAAGAAAUUCCGAUCAAUCACCACCACGUCGUAGAAAAGAUUCAGAUCAAACACCACCUAGAAGAUUUAAAAAACCAGAUCAAUCUCCACCUAGACGGAGAAAAGACUCGGAUCAAUCUCCCCCAAGAAAAGCAAGAAAUUUCGCAGACCAAUCACCACCUCGUAAAAGCAGAAAUUCACCACAAAGAUCAAGAAGACAAACACCCGAUCAAUCACCCACCAGAAAAACACGAAGAUCACCCGAUCACUCACCUCCACGCAGAAAACGAAAUUCUGAUCAAUCACCGCCCAGGAAAAAUAGAAAUUCCCCUUUGCGAUCCAGAAAACGUUCACCUGAUCAAUCACCAUUACGAUCACGUAAAAACUCUCCCCCCACACGCAUAAAAAGAGAAAAACUUUCACAAAGCCUAUCACCUCCACCACCAGUGCCGCCACCACGACGCUCCCGAUGGGAAAAGCAAGAAUCAGAAAAAAGUCUUUCACCGCCACCCACCCACAAGCCAAAACCUGGAAAGACUUUAGAAGGUAAAAAAGCCGGCUUACAAGAUGCCCAGUCUCUGCAAAAAGAAACCCUAGAAAGACGUAAACAAGAAGAUGUACUCUUUCAGAAAAUGUCCUCAGAUGUAUCGGGACGCAAUGCCGAGGUACAAGUACGUUCAACCGGUCGCAAGGGCCGGCGAGCACGAGAAGCGGCCGAAGAAGAUCCCGAAGAGCGCAAACGUAAAGAAGAACACGAAGAAAAGAAAAAACACCUGUACGAUCGUUGGGGCAAGGGUCUCAAACAAAUCGAGGAUCACAAAAAUCGUAUGCUCGAGCACGAGCAUGAGAGUAGUAAGCCUUUGGCGCGCUACUCCAAUGAUGAGGAUCUCGAACGUCAUCUCAAAGAGCAGGAAAGAGCUGAAGAUCCCAUGCUGCAGUAUAUGCGUCAGAAACGCCAGGAAAAAGAAAAACAAUCGGGCAAACCGCAAAUGCCUAGUUAUGAGGGAGCAUUUCCCGAAAAUCGUUUUGGCAUACGUCCCGGCUAUCGGUGGGAUGGUGUAGACCGUUCGAAUGGUUUUGAAAAGAAAUACUUUGCUGUACAAAGUGAAAAGCGAGCACGACAGGAUGAAGCCUAUAAGUAUAGUGUGGAAGAUAUGUAAUGUAGGUUUAUGUUUAGUAUGUUUAUUAUUUAAGGUACUUUUUUUUAUUUUAUAGUUUACAAAGAUUUGUGAAUUUGUAAAAAAAAUAAAAUUUUAAAUAACA